UCGACACAGCUGUUCAAUCGAAUUUCAGUUGUGAGAGCGAACUGAAAGAUACAUUUUGCAAGCAGCGGACGGCAGUCGGUGAAAUUUUUUGGUGCGCUUCGAAGAAAAAACGUAAAGUAAAUAGAUUAAUUUACAUAAAUCGUAGAGCCUAAUCAAAUAAAAACGGGCUUUUGAAAUGUAGCAAUAAGAGUAUCUCCGAAAUGUGCAUAAAUUUGUCCACACGGUUGUGUGAUUUCUGUGUGGUGUGUUUUUGUAUAAAGGCAGCGCAGCAGCAGCGGCAGCUGCAAGAAUAGAUAUACAAAUGUGAAUCGAAUAUGUGUGAAUCUCAGUCAGCAUUGCCAGCUGAGAAAUCAAAUGACUGCAACGACAAUUAAGCAAAUCUAAAGGAACCUUUAUGCAAAAUGCUUGAAAUUGGCAUAGCAUUGAAGCUGCAUCAACAAUUUAAACGCGCGCUCAAUUUCCGUUAUACGUUACGCUACACACAGAUUUGGACUUGGGGCGUCUGAAAAAUCGAUUGAACAACAACGAUGCCGACGAAAACAUUCCGCACUUGCAAAUUUAGCCAAAGAUGGCGAAAUAAAAGAGCCUGCCUAGUAGGCAUUUGUUAGCCACUCAGAAGCAAGUCGCUGAUAAAAUGUCAAAAAUGAGAGGUCGUGUACUGAUACCCCUGCCCAAUACCGGGGCCAUGGGACGCAAACGCAACAAUUUUUAUAUGCGCAGCAUUUUCAUUCUGGCGUUGUGCAUUUUUGGCCUUUUGCAGUACCACAACUUUAACUACUAUUAAUCACUUAUUUUUAUUUAGUGGAUAGCCGCGAUGCAAUGCUGAGCGACUCGGUGACCAAUGACUCGGUGGAUGCCAUAUUGUCCAUGGUACCAGCAACUCUGCACAAAUAUCUGACUCCACAUUCGCGCAAUCACAGCUCGUCGGGAGCAGCGUUGGUUUUAAAUGCCAGCAGCGCUGCUUUGGGCGUAUCGGGAAUGGCAUCGGCGACUACAAUCAGCUUUGAUGCAUAUCGUCCUCCGAAUAUAUCAGAGAUCAAGCGUCAUAUUAUCAGAUACAACGAAAUGCAGCUGGUGUUAAACGAGGACACAUUUGGUCCGCUGCAAAAUGAUUCUGUGAUAAUUGUCAUACAGGUGCAUACGCGCAUCAAUUACCUACGUCAUUUGAUUGUUAGCCUGGCCCAGGCACGUGACAUUUCCAAGUCAUUGUUGAUCUUCUCACAUGACUAUUACGACGAUGACAUCAAUGAUCUGGUGCAACAGAUCGAUUUUUGCAAGGUGCUACAGAUCUUCUAUCCGUAUUCGAUACAGACCCAUCCACAUGAGUAUCCCGGCGUAGAUCCCAAUGACUGUCCUAGGAACAUUAAGAAAGAGCAAGCUCUCAUCAGCAACUGCAACAAUGCAUUGUAUCCGGAUCUCUAUGGCCACUAUCGAGAGGCCAAAUUCACGCAGACCAAACACCACUGGUGGUGGAAAGCGAAUCGGGUCUUUAAUGAGCUGGAAGUAACACGUUUUCACACUGGUCUAGUAUUAUUUCUAGAGGAGGAUCAUUAUGUGGCCGAAGACUUUCUCUAUUUGCUGGCCAUGAUGCAACAGCGCACCAAAGACUUGUGCCCCCAGUGCAACAUACUGUCCCUGGGCACCUAUCUGAAAACCUUCAACUAUUACACUUACCACAAGGUGGAGGCAAUGCCAUGGAUUAGCAGCAAGCACAACAUGGGAUUUGCCUUUAAUCGCACCACCUGGAAGAGCAUAAGGCGGUGUGCUCAACACUUUUGUUCAUAUGAUGACUACAAUUGGGACUGGUCACUGCAGCAUGUGUCACAGCAGUGCUUGCAACGCAAGUUGCACGCUAUGAUAGUCAAGGGACCGCGUGUCUUUCACAUAGGAGAGUGCGGGGUACAUCAUAAGAAUAAGAACUGCGAAUCCAAUCAAGUCAUUUCCAAGGUGCAACAUGUGUUGCGCAUAGCACGCAAUUCGCAUCAACUUUUUCCGCGCUCUCUCAUGAUGACGGUGCCGAGUUUGUUAAAGAAAUCGAAGCUACGUAAGGGUAAUGGCGGUUGGGGUGAUCUGCGGGAUCAUGAGCUCUGCAUGAAUAUGACGCUGCCAACGAGAUAGAGGAGAGCACCAAAAAGUAACCACAGCAACAGCCAAAUAAAGGCUUACUUAGUUUAGUUCUUAAACUAAAGUCUACCUUUAAAUAUUAGCUUAGUAGAGCAUCAUUUUAAGUAAUAACUCUUUGAAUUAUGUAAAGGCAAACCAAGAAUGUACUUCUUAUAAGCAAACUAUUUAACUGAAUAACUAUUAACGGAUUAACUACUCAAAAUCGCAAUCAACGCAAAUUUGUAAUCUCAGAAAUAGUAAAUAUAUAUUAUAUUAUAUAGUAGUUUUAUAACGGAAACUUUUUAAAAUGCUGCACAAUUGUUUUUUAAACCCAAUUACCCAAAACCUCUAGUCAGAUUUGUGUAGGUAGCCUUUGCCAAGUUAGAAAGCAAGUAAAAUUUCACAUUGUGCCGUUUACUAUUUAUCAUUUAAUGUUUAGGUUCCGUCCAAAAUUAAAGGCCGAACAAUUAAUCGUAAAACUUUCAAGUUAAUUUCUUACAACUUGCAGGAGAUCUGUACACAUACAUAAAUGUAUACCCUAUAAUAGUCAUAUAUUCAUAGAAAUAUACUUACAACAUAGCUAAAUGUUCAAUAAUAAACCCCAAAUUGUGCCGAAAGUUAGAUCCAAAUCAUUAACUAGUCAUAUAAACCAUCUUAAACCAAUACAAUAUAAAGAAUAUACAUAGAGGGCUAAAAUAGUAACUGAAUUGUACCAAGGAAAUAUGGAAAUCUCUUCAACAAUUAAUUCUAGAUAUUAAUAAGCCUGUGUAAAUAGUGUCAUUUUGUUGUAUAGAAGAUUAAAUAAUUUUAAAUAAGUUCUCUUAAUCUAAGUAUUUUAUUUAUGUACGUAAUUUGUUACUUUUAAAUUGUUAGUUCAAGGCGCUUUUAUCUAUAGGGUUUUCAAUUAACUGAACGAAAAUCAAUAUAAUAAACGCUAAUUAAAUGCGAUCACAUUUUUGACAGCGCAGCUAUUCCAUUGAAAAA